AUGGCAUCAUCCUGUCUACAGAUCUGUGCAUUGCUGCUGGCUUUAGCAGGAUUCACCACAUUACUUGUUACUACUGUGUCCAGCAGAUGGCAAGUUUUGGACACUAAGACAGAGCUGGUUACUGCAGACUGGGUUUCUGAAGGUCUCUGGAUGGAAUGUGCAGCAACUGCUGUUGGAUCAAAACAGUGCAAGAGAUUCCUCUACAUGCUGAGUUCAGACCCUCACGUUCAGGCAUGCCGUGCCCUGAUGAUUUCUUCCAUCCUUUUGGGAUUCUUAGCUGCAGUUCUCACACUGCUCGGUAUGAAGUGCACAAACAUUGGGUUGAGUGAUGAAGAUGGAAAAAUGAAGUUUGCUGUCACAGGAGGAUUUCUUUUUAUUUUAGGAGGUCUCUGCUCCAUGGUGGCUAUUUCUUGGUAUGCUGCAAUGAUUACUGCUCAGUUUUUUAACCAAUACUACGCUGGAACCAAGUAUGAACUAGGAGAAGCUCUGUACUUAGGCUGGGCUGGAUCUGUCCUUUAUAUACUUGGUGGGAUCUUGCUGACCUGUUCAUGCAGAGUGAAGGAAAACCAGAAUUACAGUCCUAGCAAAUAUGCAUAUUCAGCAGCCCAGCCAGAUUCUCAGCCACACAGGUACCCCAGGAACUCUGAGACGGUCAUAAGCAACAAGGAGUACGUCUGA